AUGCUAGAGGUGAAUGAUCUCAUGAUGUGCACUCACCUGAAAGAAGAGCGUGAACGCGACCCAUUGGUAGUACUUCCCGUAGCGGCGUGGUGCUUGUCCCGCGCUCCUGACUCCUGGGUAAGCGCCCGCUUCACCGGCUACCGUGAAGGUCGAGUGGAUCCAGCAGUAUGUGUUCAAUACAUCCUCAGGGAUGUCCCUGGAUAA